AUGAAGCAAAACAUUGAUAUCUUUGCUCUAGAAUUUGAUGCUAUUCUCGCUGCCAUAACCGGUGAGGCUGCCGCUCUAGGUGCUAGAGUGUCUGCUACCCCAGGUGCUGGUGAGGCUGCUGCUCUAGGUGCUAGUGCGUCUGCGCCCCCUGGUACUGAGUCGACUGAGGCACUGCACACCUUUACACUAGACUCAGGUGCCUCCUGCUGUUUCUUUCGUGACCGCACGGCUCUUGAGCAGCUUGCUCGGCCCGUUGCAGUCUCUCUCGCUGACCCCUCUGGGGGUCCAGUCCUUGCGACCUCCUCCACUGUCCUCCUCUGUCCGGCCGUCCCGUCGGGCACACUGCCCGGUCUCUACCUCCCCUCGUUCUCUACGAACUUGGUGGCGGGUAGUACGCUCCAGGACAGGGGUGUCCACCAGUUCACCCCUGCCUACGAGCGCGUGACACACAGCACGUGUGCUCGGACGGGCCGUCACCUGGCGACCUUCACACGGCAGCCGGGGUCGGACCUGUACACACUGACUUCUGAGUCCCCUCAGGUAGCUGCAUCUACGUCUGCGUCAAGUCAGCUGUCGGCCCCUUGCUCGUGCCGCUCUCUGGCGCACGAGACCGUCCUCUGGCACCACCGACUUGGUCACCUGUCCGUGCAGCGCCUUCGUGCCAUGCACUCCCGGUACCUUGUCUCUGGUCUUCCCAGCGUUCUCCCUCCCCUCCCACCCUCGCCUGCUCCUCCCUGCCUUCCCUGUGUCGAGGGGCGGCAGCGCGCUGCUCCUCACUCCUCCUCGUUUCCCCCAACGACUGCUCCCUUGCAGACGCUCCACAUGGACGUGUGGGGCCCCGCCCGCGUCCGUGGUCAGGGUCAGGAGAGGUACUUCCUGAUAGUUGUUGACGACUACUCCCGCUACACCACGGUCUUCCCCUUGCGCACCAAGGGUGAGGUCCCUGAUGUUUUGAUCCCUUGGAUCCGCGCUUCUCAUCUCCAGCUCAGCGAGCGUUUCCACUCGGACUUUCCUGUCCUGCGCUUGCACUCUGACAGAGGUGGUGAGUUCUCCUCCGACCUCUUGGCAGCCUACUGUGCGGAGCACGGCAUCCGCCAGUCGUUCACGCUUCCGGCCUCUCCACAGCAGAAUGGGGUUGCUGAGCGCCGCAUUGGCCUCAUCAUGGAGGUCGCUCGUACCUCCUUGAUCCACGUGGUUGCCCCCCACUUUCUGUGGCCGUUUGCGGUCCGAUACGCUGCGCAUCAGCUCAACCUCUGGCCCCGUGUCUCCUUGCCGGAGACCUCCCCGACACUGCGUUGGACGGGAGAGGUUGGCGAUGCGUCGCCUUUUCGGGUCUGGGGAUCCCGAGCUUUUGUUCGAGAUACGUCCGCGGACAAGCUCUCCUCCCGCGCUGUUCCGUGUGUCUUCCAAGGCUUUGUUCCGGACGCGUCUGGUUGGCAGUUUUACCACCCCACCUUGCGCCGUGCUGCUGUGGUAGACCCCCUUCCCCCUCAGGGUGCCGCUCCCUCAGGUGUGUCCCAGGUAGACCCGGUUGAGCCUGUCGAGGUAGCUGUCGACUCUCGUCCUGCUAGGGGUGCUGAGCGUACUGAGCCUGGGGGUGCUGAGCUUGGGAGAACGGAGCCUGCGGGUGCUGAGUCUGGGGGUGCUGAGUCUGGGGGUACUGAGCCUGGGAGUGCUACACCUGGAGGAGCUCUCUCCUCACAGCAGCUGCGUGAGUGGUACUUACAGUACAACAGCCUCAGGAGAGGUGCUUCGGGAGCUAGGAGUGCUGCUGGAGAUGGUGCUCGUGCUUCCUCUCCUAGGCGGGAGCUGCCCUCUCCCCAACGACUCCGUGAGUGGUACGCACGGCGCUGCAGUCUCAGGAGUGGCGCUCCUAGUGUUGCGGACCCUGCUACUGGUGCUGCGGACCCUGGAGUUAGAGCUGGUGCUGGUGCUACGGACCCGGGCGUUGGAGCUGCUGCUGGUGCUGCGGACCCUGGAGUUGGGGUUGCUACUGGUGGCUCGGACCCUGGAGCUGGGGUUGCUACUGGUGCGGCGGACCCGGGAGUUGGAGCUGCUGCUGGUGCUGUGGACCCUGGCGUUGGAGCUGCUGCUGGUGCUGCGGACCCGGGCGUUGGAGCUGCUGGAGCAGCUGGUCCUGGAGGUGCUUGUGCUGGAGGUACUGGAGGUGCUGGAGGUGCUGCUGGAGCUGCUGGAGGUCUCGUGCUGUCUCUGCUGCUGCAGGGGGCACCUCACGGCCGCGGCCGUACUUCGUUCCACUCCUUCAGAAGGUUCUUGCGUGUCCCUCUGCCGUCUCCUCCUGAGUCCUCUCUCCCUGCUCUUGCUGACCCGGAGUCUGACUCUCUUCGUGCUGCCAGUCCUACUGUCACGCGUCUCCUGGCCACUGCUGUCACUGACCCUUGGUUUGAGUUUGCUGCUGCGUCUGCCCUAGUUGCUGAGCUUGUCGACUUUGCUGCUCGCUGUCGCCUAGACUACGCUGCCAGUCUUGUCGCUGAGUCUGAGUCUGUCUGUCCUCCGUCUGUCGGGGGUGAGUGUGCUCUUAGCACGGACGUCCUUGAGGACGGACAGGAGGAUCUUGAGUGUCUUGCAGCCGCUGCGCCCCAUCUCGUGUCCAUGCUAGUUGCCCCUGAGGGAGACCUGGAUGCACCAGACAUCCCGACUCCUCGAUCGUACGCUGAGGCGAUCGAGGGUCCCUACUCCUCACAGUGGCAGUCAGCCAUGGACGCAGAGAUGGCUUCCUGGAAGUCCACAGGCACCUACAGCUAG